CCAAUUUUCUCUGAAACUUCCUUCGCUUUACUUCCCUCUUUCCUUCAAUCACACCAUUUUUAUAUAGAAAAAACCAUAUCGGAGAACCUCUUAUCCCUUCAGAUCUCACCUCCUAAAAUCUCGACAAUGGAUGAUCCGUACAAUCAAGGCAAUCAUGCAGUACGGAAAACAGUGAUUGCGGAGCUGUUGAAAGGCAGAGAAGUGACGAUGCAACUACAAACCCUAAUUCGCAAACCUGUUCGAGACCGUGGAGCUGUGGAUGUUGAAGCUCUCGCUCUGCAAAUCUUCAGAUCUUUUAGUAACUCGCUUUCCGUGAUUUCCUCUUGCGCCGAUUCAACGAGUUCCGCUCCGAUCUCCGACGGGAGGAAAAGGAAACCGCCGGUCAAAACUCGGAGAGGAUGCUACAGGAGAAGGAGGACUUCAGAUUCAUGGAUGAUAAUUUCUCCUGUGGAAGACGAUGGCUAUGCUUGGAGAAAAUAUGGACAGAAGGAUAUUUUGAACUUCGAAUUUCCUAGGUGUUACUACAGGUGCACCCACAAGCAAGAAGGGUGCAGAGCUAUAAAGCAAGUCCAAAAAAUAAAGGACGAUCCCGCAUUAUUUCAAACCACAUACCUCAGUCACCACACAUGCUCUCACACACCAAGGCCUCCACUAGUGGAUAACAAUCAUCACGAUCAAAUCCCCAAUCUUCUCAGCUUUGAUCAAUCAAACAACCCGGCCCCGAUUACCCGCCCCACCAACCCGACACUCGAACAACCCGCCCCGCUACUAUCCAUCAAACAAGAAGAUCCCAAUCAUCAAGACGCUUCGUCGUCUGACGAUGCAAAAUCGUCGUCGCCGCUGCAGGAUGCGUGGAGGGAAAUAUUUGGGUAUGAAUGGGAAGAAGCAGCUGGUGCCUCGUGUGGGUCUACUAGCUUUGAUGGGAUCAGCUGUCUCGAGUUCAACGGUCAGUUUCCUGAUAUAGAAAGUUUCCAAUUUGAGUAGAUAUUCAUAUAUACACACAUAUGUUGAUGAUAAGAUUAUAAGAUAAUAUGAUAUGAUCCUCCAUAAUUUGCAUUACUAUUAUUGCUGGUAAGGAUGUAUUAUAUAUACUUUGCAUGCACAUGCACGUAGUGGCCUUUACCAUAUUAUAGUCUAUAGACGUUAAAUAGAGAAAUACAGUAUAUACAAUAAAUAAUAUCUGAAUUUUAGGUAUAUGGUGAAAAUCUCUACACUAUAGUGCUUUUUUUAGAAGCGUGCAGCCGUGUGACAGGUCAUCUUUGUCACAAAUCUGUAUAUAUGUCACUUUAUACUGUUGCCUUAGAAUAAUUGUAUUGUGUUGUGUAUUCUAAAGUUUAAUUUGAUCAUUUGGAAUUAUUAGGGAGUCAAACAUGUUGGUGUCA